UUCUGAAGCAAGUUCGCGCUUGCUUUCAUGAGUGUUCUUAAUAAGACCAAGAAAUAUUAGUAUUUAUCAUCAUUUUCAACAGUUUUAUAGUUCAUUAAUUCUAUUUCUUGUUGAAAUUGCUGUAUACCAGUAUAUUUGAAACUUGGAUGAUAAUUUUUAACAAAAUUGAACAAUGUUUUAAUUAGAGGUUAUGUUUGGGUAGUUUUUCGAGGAAAUUGCAAGUCGCAUUUUUAGUUUCACGUUUACGACGACAAUAAUUCUUUAGAACCCUAUUAUUGGUUAUUAACGUAGUAAAAAUGUUGGUGGAAGCAAAUGGCACUGAGCCUGAUGAGAAUUCAAAAGAAAUUUUACCGAUUCAGAGGAACGAUGAUGAAAAACAUUGCAAAGAAGCAGAAGAAGAAAAUCAAAAUGAGAAUAAUAUUGAAGAAGCGCAGCAAGCUAACAAACGGGUAAAAAUGGAUAUAAAAGAAAAACAAAUGAGUAAAGUUCAUGAAAACAGAAGUAAAUCUGGCAAACCAGUUGAUCCUGCUUGUGACAUUUGUUUUCAAAAGUUGAAUGAUGAAGAUUUAAGACUGUACAUUGGCCAUCCAAAUGAAGCAGUUGACGAAUAUUCAGUGUUAUUAGAUCCCAAAUUAUGUUUAUUUAAUGGAGAUGAAAUAGAUAUUAGUGAAGGAGAUGCAAGAGCUUUGAAUAAAAUUACUGGGUUUAGUGUAUAUGAUAAAAAUGGACAUUUAUGCCCAUUUGAUGGUGGCUUGAUUGAGAAAAAUAUAAAUAUUUACUUUUCUGGAUAUGUCAAACCAAUAUAUGAAGAUGAUUCUUCAAUUGAAGGUGGAAUCCCUGGAAAAGAUUUAGGUCCCAUUGUGGAAUGGUGGGUUAGUGGAUUUGAUGGAGGGGAACAACCAAUUUUAUCCUUUAGUACAGAAAUUGGAGAUUAUGUUCUUAUGGAAGCAUCUGAGGAAUAUGCUCCUUUCAUGAUUUCUGUCAAAGAAAAAAGUUUUGUCAGCAAAACAAUUAUAGAAUUUCUUUUGGACGAAGAAAGUCCUUCAUAUGAAGAUUUAUUAAACAAGUUGCAAACUAUUGCUAUGCCAAAAGGGUUACCGAAGUUCACAGAAGACAUACUCUUGCAUCAUGCCCAAUUUAUUUGUGACCAAAUUCUUUCAUUUGAUGAAUCUGCCACAGGAGAAGAUCCUCUGUUGAUUACAGCUCCAUGCAUUAGAGCAUUGAUCAAUCUUGCUGGAAUAACAUUUAAUAAAGGAAAAACUAUGAGGAAGGGUAGGAAACGCAACAACACCAGACAACAAGAAGACGAUUGGCGUCAAGGUUUGAUGAGAAAAGCACAAAAAGAGAAAAAAGCAACUUGGACGAAGGCUACAACAACUCAAUUGGUCAACAAUAUGUUUGAAAGUUUUUUCCCUGAUCAGCUAGCUAAUAAUAAAGAUUCAAUGACUAUUAAACGUCGAAGAUGCGGAGUGUGUGAAAAUUGUCAAAAUCCUGAUUGCGGAGAAUGCGCUGCUUGUAAAAAUAUGAUUAAAUUUGGAGGUCCAGGUCGUAGUAAGCAAGCGUGUACAAGACGUCGUUGUCCAAACAUGGAAAUUCAGGAAGCAAAUGAUGAAGAUCCAGAUGAUCAAGAUCCGGCAGAGGGUGAUGCAGAACCAAGUUUAUUGGCUCAUAGAAAAAUGCUUGGUUCUUUGAAAAGUAGAACUGGUAAAAUUGAAUGGUUGGGUAAACCGAUUAGUGUUGAUGCCAAAGGAGAAUUUUAUAAAGCUGUUCAACUUGACUCUGAAGUCAUUGAAAUAAAUGACUAUGUGUUUAUUGAAUCUGUAAAUCCAAGUGUACCUUUGCAAAUUGUAAAAGUUAUAUAUAUGUGGGAAAAUAAAAUGGGAAUCAAAAUGUUUCACGCGACGUGGCUAUGGCGGGGAAGUGAAACCGUUUUAGGGGAAACUUCUAGUUCCAGUGAACUGUUUUUAGUAGAUGAUUGUCAAGAUGUGCCGAUUUCUUAUGUUAAAUCAAAGACUACGGUAAUUCACAGAUCAACACCUGAAAAUUGGGAUGAAUUAGGUAAUGUCAACGUUGACUCUAGUAUGGACGAAUCAAAGGAAGACAUUACUUCUUUUUAUUAUCAAAAACGUUAUGACCCAAAUACUGCUAGAUUCGAAGAUCCUGGACCAGAGUUAGAAGCUAAAAUAGAGAUGAAGUACCGUUUUUGUGCAGCUUGUAGUAGAUGCUCCAACGUGCAAACUGUUUCUAGACCUCAAGUUUUUGAGAAAUUGGAAGAAAAAAGUAGCAAAGAAGUUUUGUAUGGCAUGGUUAAAUUUAGAGAUGAGGAGUACCGUGUAGGUAGCGUUGUAUAUUUACAACCAAAAACAUUCAAGUUUAAAUAUCCUCCUCCUUACCAAAAUAUCAUAAGAAUACCAAAACAGCAAGUUGACGAAGACAGAUUUCCUGAGUACUAUCGAAAAUUUAAUGAUCGCAUUAAAGGUUCCAAUUUCGACACACCCGAACCUUUCGAUAUAGGCUAUAUUACAAACAUUUAUGCUACUACAAACGUAAAAUUACUUGCUUCCUCUAAUUUAUAUAUUAAAGUCAAAAAAAUGUACCGUCCAGAAAAUACUUAUAAAAGUGAAAGUUUGAAACAACGAUCUGAUAUUAAUGUUCUGUAUUGGAGCGAAGAAGAGAUUACCAUCCCAUUUAGCAGUGUUACUGGGAAAUGUUAUUUAACAUAUUCAGAAAACAUAGAAGAUAUAGAUGCAUGGUCAAUGGCAGGACCGAACCGCUUUUAUUUCUCUCAAAUGUACAUCAAUAAGGAUGAAGAAUUUGAUGAUCCACCUCCAAAAGCAUGUAGCAUUGGAAAAAUUGCCAAAACAAGCGACAAAUUAAAAUCAAAAAGUAGAAAAGCAGAGCAUCAAUCCAAAUUUAUAGACAUUCCUCCAGAAUGGGCUCCAAUCUCGAAGAAACUUAGAACCCUUGAUGUGUUCGCCGGUUGCGGAGGACUUUCUGAAGGUUUAAAGCAGGCUGGGAUCAGUGAAAGUAAAUGGGCUAUUGAAGUAGAUGAAGCUGCAGCUCAUGCUUAUCGUCUAAAUAACCCUGACGCUGCAGUUUUUACCGGAGAUUGCAAUACUUUCUUGAAAAAAGUCUUGAAUGGUGAAACUGCAGUAGGUAAACAGCGUUUACCACAAAAGGGUGAAGUGGAUCUGCUUUGUGGAGGACCUCCAUGCCAAGGGUUUAGUGGCAUGAACAGAUUCAAUUCCAGAGCCUAUUCUCUAUUCAAAAAUUCACUUGUUGUAUCGUAUCUUUCGUACUGUGAUUACUAUCGACCUCGAUUCUUUAUUAUGGAAAACGUACGGAAUUUCGUAACAUUUAAAAAGAGUUUAGUUCUAAAGUUGACUUUAAGAUGUCUUAUAAGAAUGGGAUACCAGUGCACAUUUGGAAUCCUUCAAGCAGGAAACUUUGGUGUUCCACAAACACGUAGAAGAAUGAUAUUACUAGCUGCCGCUCCAGGUGAAUUUCUUCCGAAUUAUCCCAAUCCUCUUCAUGUCUUUAGCAAAUCAGCCUGCAAUUUAAAUGUUGUUAUAGAUAACAAAAAGUAUUUUCCAAUUUAUGACUGGGCGGAUUCAGCUCCGUACAAAGUAACUACAAUUCGAGAUGCACUCUCGGAUUUGCCAGCUAUUAAAAGUGGAAAAAAUGACGAUACCAUGAGCUACGGUAAUGAGCCAUUAUCUCACUUUCAAAAGAAGAUUAGAAAUGGAAUUAGUGACAAUUUGUUAUUAGAUCACAUAUGUAAAGAUUUAGGAGCAUUAGUUGAAGCUCGUAUGGCUCACAUUCCUACUGUGAGCGGAUCUGAUUGGCGCGAUUUGCCAAAUAUUGUCAUCCCAUUAAGCGAUGGAACACAUUGUAACAAAUUAAAGUAUAAUUACAAUGAUAAAAAAGCGGGUAAAAGUUCUACUGGAGCGUUAAGAGGUGUUUGUAACUGUGCUACAGGAAAAACCUGUAAUCCUCUUGAUAGACAAGAUAAUACUUUAAUUCCCUGGUGUCUUCCUCACACUGGCAAUCGUCAUAACAACUGGGCUGGUCUGUAUGGGAGAAUUGAGUGGGAUGGCUUCUUUAGUACCACUAUUACCAAUCCUGAGCCCAUGGGUAAACAGGGACGAGUUCUUCAUCCAGAACAAACAAGAGUUGUAAGUGUACGAGAAUGUGCCAGGUCUCAAGGAUUUCCAGAUAGUUUCCGAUUUUACGGAAAUAUACAAGAUAAGCAUAGGCAGGUUGGAAACGCUGUACCUCCUCCGCUUGCUGCAGCGAUUGGCUUAGAAAUUAGAAAGAGUGUUAGUAAAGCAGAAAUUGCAUUAAAUGAAGAGAAAAAUAAAAAUCUAUAUUAAUUUUUUUUAAAGAUACAUUUUUUUAAUGACUAAAUUUAAUUUACGUAAAUUAGAUAUAGGUUUGUACAAUUAUAUUGAAUUUAAUAGUUUUCGUAAGUUAUUGUUAAAAACUACUUUAUAAUUCAUCUGGCGUGCUGAAAAUUUGCAGUCUUGAAUUUAAAUGAUAUAAAUUUUAGUAAUUUUUUUACAUGAGGUAAUAAUGAUUCUACUUAUUAAAUUUGACUAAAUAGCAUUGAAGAAAACUUGCGAAGUAUGUGUACAACAAAUAUCUUAUGAUUUUCUUCAAUCAAUUAUGUAAUUAGAUAUAUGAAAUGUUGUGUGCCUUAGAUAAAUUGCGUGUACAUUGCAAUUCUCAAGUAAAAAAAUACUUUAAUGCAUUGUUCAAUUUUUUCGAACACAUUUUUAUAUAACUAAGAACUUUCAGUACAUUUUAUAUGCUAUUUACCCAAGUGUAAAGUAUUCCUUGAAAUAAAAAUAAAUAUAAACAAUAAUGAUUUUUGUAUUUGAUUUGGUUAAAUUCAGA